AGUGCAGCCGGCAGGCACAGCUUCCAUCAAAAGCUCACCAUGGGCUCGAGCACCAAAACCAAACUAAUUGCGGGAUGUGGCAUCAUCUUGGUGGUGGGCUGUCUAUUAUCACCCCAUGGUUGCCAUGGUGCUUCCACUGUGCCGUCCCGGACUGUCAGUGAUCCGGCACACCAUCCGAGAGGCGGAUCGUCAGUACCACGGUUCGAUACGAAGGCAAAAUUAGUCGGCUUUAACCGAGCCGUCGGUGAACGGCUUCAGCGAACCGAAACCGAUCUGCGUCCACUGCAACGACGCGCCGCACGACUCGAGCGUCUCGUUAGCAACUUCCAGCACAAAAGACCGGCGCUGCAGAAGCGGAAAGAUGGCCGGCGAGGUGAAGCCUCGAACCUCGAACGCAACGGGCUGCUGCGCGAAGCCAAUCGGUUACGGACCGAUGUCGAUCGUAAGUUGCUGGGAUUCCGGGAGCUGGACCGUAACUAUCGUAACGUUCGCCAGCUGCUACCGUCGCCAGGGAGUAAGGGAGCGACGGUGGCCGCGGCGACGACUUCCGCAUUGCCCCGCGCUUGGCUCGAUCGUGACACCGAGCGGCAGAUGGAGCAGAACGAGCGCGUCUACAAAAACAUCAUUAACCUGCUGGUCCAACUGAUCGAAGUCCCGGUAAACAUCAUUCACGACAUGAUCGGUGAUGGAGGAGCUGACGGAGAAGCGACCGGACCGGCUGCUUUCCCACCGAACGGUACGGACUACCCAGGUGGGCCACCCACUGAACAAGCAACUGAACCGAACGAGUACGCCUUCGACUACGACGAAGAGGACCAAGCCUUCCUUCCCGAGACUACAAUCAAUGCCGUCGAUGGUGCUGCGCCUGGGCCGGCCAACGUCGUACAGGACGCUGAAUGGGUUCAGUUUCACUACUAACCCGGUGCCAGCGCAGGACGAUGGAAGACAGACGCAGGUGAUGCUUGGUGCGGAACCGGUCGUCCCGGACUUGAUUACUGUUGGGGUAUCCUGGCAGCAACAGCAUCGGCACCGAGUCGAUGCAAUGCUUAACGCAGCGAACAAUGUUUUCGACCGUGAACUUUUCGCUGGCAACUAGAUCUUUACCAGGCGAUGGCGAAGCCUCACUAUUUAUGCUAUGCCCAUGCUUUGCACUGACCGAAGCCUUAUUUAAAUGAAAAAUAAAACAGCAUACAGGAGGUAGAUGAGAACCCUGAUGAAUUUGGGUCAGGUUACGAGCGUUUGGCUAUAUUUUUGGGAUGAAUUUAGGGCUGAAUUCAUUCAAAUAUAUUUGGUUUCUCUUAAUCAGGUUUUGUUGUAAUGCUAGUACACGAGAGCAACUUUCACUGGCGGUAAACUAUCAUUUGACGCCUUGCAAUUUGAUGCUUUAUUUCCUACGAUAGUUAAAUUACCAAAUCAUCUGUCUACUGCCUUUAUAUGACUUCAUUUUAACAAUGUA